GAGAGAGCAGGCUAACCUUAGCAGGUAAAGCAAUAAACCUGCUUUUCGUAUGAAGUAUAAAAAGGUGCAUGGGUGAUAGUAGUGGCUAUCGCUCUUUGUGGAUCUGUGAAGAUGGAUGCUGUGAAGUGGUGGAAGGCAGGAUGGGGCUAUCCCACAACUAUGCUGUGCGUCUAUGGGUUCUUCAGUACUGUGAAACCUCUCGUACCCUUCAUCUACCCUUAUCUGACUGGUCCAGACAAAAACCUGACGGUGGAACAGGUGACCAACGAGAUCUACCCUGUGUGGACAUACUCCUACCUGGCUGUGAUGGUGCCAGUCUUUCUGCUCACCGAUUGGCUGCGCUACAAGCCCGUCGUGGUGUUUCAGUGCAUCAACCUCUUCAUAACCUGGGCGAUGAUGCUAUUGGUGCAGGAGGUGGCAGUCUUUAAGGCAAUGCAGUUCUUCUACGGCGUGAAGUCGGCCUGUGAGGUGGCCUACUUUUCAUACAUCUACAGCAUAGUAGACCUGAAAUACUACCGAAAGGCUACAUCCUACUGCCGUAGUGUACAGCUGCUAGGCUACACGGUGGGCUCUGUGCUGGGACAGUUGCUGGUCAGUUUCAACCUCAUGUCCUACAACAACAUCCUGGUACUUACCCUGGUGUUGAUCUCCAUCGCCCUGGUGACUUCCCUCUUCCUGCCCAUGCCACAGAGAAGCAUGUUCUUCCAUCGGAGUCAAAGUGACCCUCCACAGACCCCAGAAGGAGGGGACAUGUGCGCAGGUGAUGUGUCCACUGAGGGGCCAGUGACGGCUAGGGGCUGCAGCCAGGUAUUUUUGCUGCUGUGGAGAGACUUUCUCCAGUGCUACUCAACCAGGGCACUGCUGUACUGGUCAUUAUGGUGGGUACUGGCUACCUGUGGCUACAACCAGGCAAUUAACUAUGUACAGGUGUUAUGGGCACACAUACAGCCAUCCCAGAAAGUCCAAGUCUACAACGGAGGGGUGGAAGCUGUGUCCAAUCUGUUUGGUGCAGCGACGGCCUAUGGCAUUGGUUUCAUCCAGGUGGACUGGGCCCAGUGGGGAGAGUUGUUCCUGGGCUCCAUCUCUGGCCUGGGUGCUGUAGCCCUGUUCAUCAUGACCUUCACUGACAACAUCUGGGUCUGCUAUGCCGGCUAUGUUGCCUUUAAGGGACUCUACAUGCUGCUUAUCACAUUUGCCAUGUUCCAAAUUGCUACUGAUCUCUCUAUGGAGAGAUAUGCACUGAUCUUUGGAGCAAACAACUUUGGGUCUUUGGUCCUUCAGACUAUCAUCACAUCCGUUGUGGUGGAUGGCAGGGGGCUGGGCUUGGGCAUCAUCCCACAGUUCAUCAUUUAUGGAAGCUACUUCUCAGCCAUCGCUGUCAUUUUCUUCCUGAGAGGUGUGUCCACGAUAAUGAGAGUGCGGCAAAGCCACAGAGACUCCACCACUGCAGAGGAGCCUCCAAGCCCAACCAUGUGUACACCACUGCAGAGGAGCCUCCAAGCCCAACCCUGUGUACACCACUGCAGAGGAGCCUCCAAGCCCAACCCUGUGUACACCACUGCAGAGGAGCCUCCAAGCCCAACCAUGUGUACACCACUGCAGAGGAGCCUCCAAGCCCACCAGUACACCACUGCAGAGGAGCCUCCAAGCCCAACCAUGUGUACACCACUGCAGAGGAGCCUCCAAGCCCAACCAUGUGUACACCACUGCAGAGGAGCCUCCAAGCCCAACCAUGUGUACACCACUGCAGAGGAGCCUCCAAGCCCAACCAUGUGUACACCACUGCAGAGGAGCCUCCAAGCCCAACCAUGUGUACACCACUGCAGAGGAGCCUCCAAGCCCAACCAUGUGUACACCACUGCAAGCUUGAACAUGCAGUGGAACAAAAAGAAGAACCCAAAACAGUGUGGUGUAGAAGGCACAAGAGGCCUCAAGAGGCUGAAUAAAUUUGGCUUGGCACCAAAGACCUUCAUAAAGUUCUACACAUGCACCAUUGAGAACAUCCUGUCGGGCUGCAUCCCCGCCUGGCACGCUAACUGCACUGUCCACAACCGCAGGGCUCUCCAAAAGGUGGUGCAGUCUGCCAAAUGCAUCACCGGGGGCACACGGCCUGCCCUCUCGGACAUCUAUAGCACCCGGUGUCACAGGAAGGCCAAGAAGAUCAUCAAGGAACAAAGCUGGGACCAAGAGACUGAAAAACAUCUUAUAUCUCAAGGCCAUCAGACUGUUAAAUAG